AUGAAUUCAAUAGAAAAGAUCGAAAUUUACGAGCAGAAUGCCAAGUACAUUCAGGGAUUCGUUGGAGCCGAGGGCACGUUGGAGACGCCGAUCGAUCUCGACAUUAGUUACAUGAAAGUGAUCGAUCUGGAACCUUUCGAAUGGCCUGGUAUCGACGUAACACCGAGAAAAUUGAAAAUUACCAAUACGGGUUUUACAGUAAUUCUGAGCGCAAAAUGGCAACAAGGAUCUCCUUACCUUUGCAAGGGGCCGUUAGAAGGGAAUUACGUGUUCGCGCAAGUUCACUUUCAUUGGGGAGAGAACGAGAUGAGAGGGAGCGAGCACUUCGUUGACGGUGCAAGGUUUAAAAACUUCAUUGCUUCAUUGAAUCCCGUACACCCACUGUAACGUAUCAUCCUUAAGAAUCUCACUCUAAACUGUUUGAUUGAAUGCCGUUCGAAGCAUGCCUAUGGAACUUCAUGUCG